ACGACCAAACAACAAGCCAUGGAUGACUUCGAUGAGGAGGCGUUCAAGAAAUUCUUCCCGACUAGCUUCGGGAAGCAAGAGACGAAGGCUGAUGUCAGGGCCCAGAUCGACCGCACCAAGCGCACUGAGAAGGUCGUGAAGUCGCAAGAACCCGGUGGCAAGCAGGAGUCCCUCGCCAUAGAGGAGAAAGAGGAGAGACCUGUUGUUCCUGCAGAUAGCAGUGAUGAUGAUGAUGACGAUGACGACUCGGAUGAAGAUGAAGAGGAUGAAUUUCCGGUUUCUCACGAGCUCGUUCUCAAGACCCAUGAGCGCGCCGUUACCUCGAUGACGGUCGAUUUGGCUGGGUCGCGCCUAAUUACGAGUUCAACUGACUGCACGAUCAAGUUACAUGACUUCGCGUCGAUGACCCCUUCAACGCUGCGGGCUUUCAAAUCAGUCGACCCGACGGCGAAGAAGACAUCUGCGGCUCAGGAAACACAUCCUGUCCAUCAUGUCGAAUUCAAUCCUAUUUCUCCCAGUCAGGUCUUGGUCAUCGCCGCCACGCCUCAGCCAAGGAUUCUCAGUCGCGACGGUGACACCUACACGGAAUUUGUCAAGGGAGAUAUGUAUCUGCGGGAUAUGCAUAAUACAAAGGGACAUGUAUCGGAAGUUACGAGCGGCGCCUGGAGCCCAACGGACUAUAAUAUCUGUGCCACAGCAGGUACAGACAGUACAGUACGGAUAUGGGACGUGAAUGUAGGAAGGUCACAGAAGGAGGUCAUAGUGCACAAGUCGAGGAUAGCUGGCUCUGCAGGACGGACGAAGAUGACGGCUGUUGCUUGGGGUUCGCCAGCCCAGGGAGGUCCCAACGUGCUCAUCGCAGCAGCGCUGGAUGGCAGCUUAGCAAUGUGGAGUGGCGAUGGACCAUAUACAAGGCCAGCUGCUGAGGUCAGAGAUGCGCAUACGAAAGACACUUGGACGAGUGGCCUGGAUAUCAGUAAGGAUGGCAGGCUUGUUGUCACGAAAGGCGGUGACGAUACCAUCAAACUAUGGGACACGAGAAAGUUCAAGACACCUAUUACGACUGUCUCUCAUCCAUCAAUAUCGAGCCGAUAUCCGACAUCGAACAUCAAGUUCUCUCCUACGUCGGCCAAUGUCAUUACUGGGUCAGAGACGGGUCAUCUGCACAUCCUGAACCCUGCCACUCUUAAACCGGAGCUUGUCACCCCGGUCACUCCUGGUUCACCAUUGAUUACGGUCCUGUGGCAUGAAAAGCUAAACCAGAUCCUGACUGGAUCGGCCAAUGCAGAGACGCAUGUUCUAUACAACCCGAACAUGUCCACUAAGGGAGCCGCUUUGGUCAUGUCCAAAGCUCCCAAACGUCGCCAUGUCGACGACGAUCCUACACUUACUACGGACCUGUCCCAAGGUCUUUCUGGGGACUCGGUCGUUGUCGGUUCAAAUAACCUGCCGCAUGUUGCGUCGAGCUGGUCCGCGCGGCAUCCGACUGUUGGAUUGACAGCAUCUGGGCGCUCGCGAGACCCCAGAAGACCCCAUCUCCCAGCGCAGACACCGUUCGCCAAAUCUCAGCCAGAUGAAAGACAUAUCCGCGAGAAUAUUCCUCUCAGUUCUAUGCGCGAUGAGGAUCCGCGUGAGGCACUGCUCAAGUAUGCAGAGAAAGCAGAGAAAGAUCCUCUAUUCACAAAGGCAUGGAAGGAGACACAACCGAAACCUAUUUUUGCGGAGCUCAGUGACGAGGAAGAGGAACCGGAAAAGAAAAAAGUUAAGCGAUAAGACUAUUAAAGACAAAUUUCGUUGUCUGCAUUUAUCAUUACUGCCAGGGCAAUAGGGAUUGGUUGGAUCACGGCGUAAAUGGAGAUCUUUGUUUGUAUGUACUGUAUAUACUUGGCGCUGGGAUAGUAGGAAACUAGCGAGAUCCAUAAGAACCAUGUGAUGAAGAGGGAAGAUACCCAGUUGACGUCAGACAGUGAUUAAAGUAUAGAACACCAAUUAUAGGUUUCUUG